AUGAUUGUCAUACAACUCUCUUAUUAUCAAGCACUAUCAAAUGCAAAAAACGUUAUAGCACAAUGCGAUGCGACUAAAUUCAAAGAUAGUAAUAGCUUAAGUGGUAACGGAAAUGGGAAUGCUGUCAGUCCUCACCCAUUUUGGCGUAGUAUUAUCGGGGACAUCUGUCAGUUGCCAUCAAUUCCACGUCCAACAAACGAUCCAAGCAAAUACAUUGAAUGUGUCUUCCAAGCUGAUAAUACCGGAAAUCGAACUCAUCUUGGGAUUUGGAUAACGAAAAAGUGCCCUUCCGGAUAUCAGUUUGUAGCGCCUGCACGAAAAUGUGAAACUAUUGAUUUCAUUGAAAAUCAGCAACAAUUAUGCGACGGACCAAAUAGGGAAUAUUAUGAAUUUUGUCUUCAGCCAAAAAUAAACUCAAGAUACAUGGUGAAGGAAGUUGAACAACAAAUGGAACAAUGUAUCUGUCUCGAUGAGGAGAAAAAAUGUGAAUGUCCAAAAAUAACAACUAUUGAGCUUGUUCCAUACAGCGAUAAAAGCAACGGAUCAAAAGUUCGUUUUGUUCGUGAUGUAGCCUGCCCCGAUCAUCAUAUUACACAUUGUCGUGACUGUACAACAUCUUCCUGCAUUUGUGGCAUCUCGACAGCUUACACUCCAGCCGCUAUCUCCUUUCCGUCUUUUCCAACAGCAUACGGUUUCCCUCAGCUACCAAGUCAACAAACUCGUGCAGGCUGCAGGUUUUUAGAUAGUGGAGAACUUUAUUGUCCACAGUUACAGAAACAAGUUAAAAUACCAUUACUUGAUGUUACUGCAUCACAACCUUGUGCUUUAGUUAAUGGACAAAGCUUGCAAAAUGCUAGGUAUCAAGGUAUUUGUUCGUGGAUGAUUGAUCCACUAAUUGCUGAUCCCGAAAGUCCUUCGCAUUUUCUGCAGUGCCAACCAGCACCAAAAAGUUCGUAUUGCGGAAGGUGGCAACGUAUGCCUUGUGAACCAGACCUUAUCUUCAAUGCUCAGUUGCAAGUUUGUGUUUGGAAUCACGUAUUUCUCUCAUUUCCAGAAGAAAAUCCGGGACCAAUUCCAGCUCAAAUUGCAUAUCCACAAAUUACUCCGACAUAUCCGACAAUAACCAAGCUUCCUUCAUAUCCUUUAUCUCUCAUUCCUGAAACUGAUGCAAACGCAAAAUGUAAUUGUGGUAUUGGUGUACAAAUAGGUUCUUGUAAUGCAAAUGGCCAGUGUCCAGGUCAUUCAACUUGUAAAGCCAACCAAAUGGAUGGACAAAUUUUUGUAAGUAACAUUUUACCACACUUUUUCGUACUUUAUUCAUGA